UCAAAGAAAUAUUUAAAAUUAAUAUGACAGUGUCUUCACUUAAUCUCGUCCGUCCGAUCAUCCACUGUGGAAUCACACGGUUCCACGUACUCCUCUUCUUGCUGGUGCAGUCCUCUUUAGUAACCGCACAGCUAAACAACAGACCUCAAGACGACAGACUCUACUCUAAUUUUGACCCGACGGCAGCUAUUGUGAUUGUCGUUUUAAUCUGUGGUUUCUUCUUCAUCUGAGUUUUCGGUAUAUUCAUCCGCCACUGCUCGGAGAAUGAAGCCAGAAUCACUUCCGAUACAGAUAGAUCACGCCGGAAUGGUGGAAUUGAACCUGAAAUGAUCGAGAAAUUCCUUGUUUUUCUCUACUCUGAUGUAAAAGACGUUAGGAUCGGACGAGAGACGCUGGAAUGCGCGAUUUGCUUGAGCGAAUUUGAAGACGAUGAAACGCUGCGUUUGCUGCCGAAAUGUAGUCAUGUUUUUCAUCAUCAAUGUAUUGAUGAAUGGCUAACUUGCCACGUCACUUGUCCCGUCUGCCGAGCGAACCUCACAAAAAUAACUGCAACGCUACAACAAACGACGUCGUCGUCGUCGAAUGAAGUGGCGAUUGAUGUUCAGCCACCGAGACCUGGAAUUUCCGGGAAGUUUCCGAGGUCGCAUUCGACAGGUCACUCGCUAGUCCAGACCGGAUCGGAGAUUGAUUUUGAAAGCUAUACGUUGAGAUUGCCGGCGGAGUUGCGGAAUCAAAUAAUUGCAAGUGCGAAGCUGAAACGCGCUAUGAGUUUUAACGCGAUUUUAGCGACGGAAGGAAGUUCAAAGAGAGGAAACCAGAGUAGUAGCGGCGGUGACGGUAGUAGCAGUAGUAGAGGUAAGCAGCUUGGCCGGUCGGAGCGGUGGCGGUUCUUGAAAAUGUCACCGUUUGUAUCAAGAGGGGGUUCUGUUAAAUCUUGGAAGGUUGACAGUGAGGGAGAUUCAGUUAACGGUAGAAACCUGUUGGCUUCUGUUAAGAAUCAGAUGCCGUUAAAUUGUAUGAAUAUGAAAAAUGAAGGAGUUGAUGAACCGUCUACUUGUGCCAGGCCUCCAAUUUGAUUUUCUGUGCUCUGUUAAACAAAUUCGUUCUAUCUUCAAUUGUAGUAUAAUACAGGGGAGAAUGAUAUAUGUCUAGUCUAGGUUAGAAUUUUCUUUAAUACAAAAUGUUAUUAUUAAAAUUGCAGAGUUAGGCAAAUCUUUUGCCUCCUUAUUUUUACAUUCAAUUAUUAUAUUUAGAUAUUAA